UCAAAAUGGCGUCAUGACGUCGUGGAGCGCGGAGUUGGACGAGGCUGCGCAGCUGGCGACUAAAGCCGGCUGUUGGCAUACUCUGCUAUUUUAUUUACUCUGUGCAUUGGCCUCUAUACCUACGUCCUUCUUGAUAUUUUCACAGGUCUUCACCAACGCCACCCCGGAGCACUGGUGUGCACCCUCGCCUGAGCUGGAGAGCCUGGCUAUGCCAGACCAGCUGAUCAAAUCCCUGACGGUGCCAGAGCACAAUGGGGUGUCUGAGAGCUGCCGAGCGUACACUGUGGAUCCGCAGACGCUGUUUGUAGUGCUGAAUGAUUAUGUAGACGAGAGAACAGAAAUAAUCCGGGAAGGCGGUGUGAUGCGGAAGGUGACCACGAGACGGCUGGUACCCGCUGAAGGAGAAACGGAAAGAAGAGAACAGAUAGCAAAAGUGACAGACGCCAUCCAGAAGCUAAGAAAGGAGCCGGCACCGUGUACCAGCGGAUGGAGAUUCAAUACCAGCCAGUAUGAAAGGACCCUAGUCACUGAAUUCUCGCUAGUGUGCGACAACGACUGGCUGCCUCGCACCAGCAACACGCUGUUCUGGGUCGGCUCCAUCUUCGGCAACCUGUUCUUCGGCUGGAUGUCCGACAGAUACGGCCGCCGACCAACAAUCCUGCUGAUGAUCUUCUUGGAAGUCCCCCUGGCCAUAUCGACCUCGUUCAUCACAUCGUACUGGGGCUACACGACGCUGCGAGUGGCCUGCGGGCUGUUCUUCCCCGCGCUGUACCAGCAGCCCUUCAUUCUGGCGCUUGAGCUGAUGCCUCCUAAUAAACGGACGUCUGCAGGAAUUGUGGUGGGCAUGAUGUUUGCCGCGGGUAUGUGCCUACUAGCAUUGCUGGCGUAUGCUGUGCGCGAGUGGUUCUAUCUCUCUCUGCUCACCAGUCUGCCCUUCGUUGUUCUUUAUGGGUUCUUCUGGAUAACCCCUGAAUCCCCGCGGUGGCUGGUAGGGCGCGGACGCGUGGCCGAAGCGGAGAAGGUGCUCAUUAUCCUCGCCAAACGGAACGGCAUUACGCUACCCAAAGGGUUUCUGCUGGAGUUACAUAAAAAAAUUAAAGAACAAGAAGAUGCAGAGGCGAUAAUGCGAAAUGCCAACGGUCACAUAACGGCAUUUCCUUUACUCACAAACAAAGAAGAAUUCAACAAUAGGCGAAUAAGCAACAUGCUUACGUUCAAACCCAACCCAAAACCUCCAGAUGAGACACCUAAACCAGAAAGUAUUGAAAGAUUAAUUGCCUCAGAAGUAGCUGAGAUAGUAAAUAGAAGAACAAGGCUAAAGAACUCAGACUCUAUAUUUACAGUAGAUUCUCCAACUAAUGAAGUUGAAACUUUCAAUAUAGAAGAAACUCCAUCAAAAACACAAAUUGAAACAUACACAUUUCCUUUGACUAUAAGAAAGAAAUCUGUACAACUUGUAACUAGAAUGUUUAAAGAAAGUCCAGACAGUGAAGAAAAUAAGAAAAUAGAUGAACAAAACUCUGAAGGGGAUUGCAAAGCAUCACUUUUAGAUAUAUUUAGAUAUCCAAAUAUCAGAAAAAAGUUUAUAUUUUUAACUUUUAAUUGGAUAUCCUUGGGUGUUGUGUACAAUGGCUUGAGUUAUAAUACGCCUAAUUUAGGAGUGGACGAUUACUUAGCAUUUUUCAUAGGCGGGGCAGUUGAGGUGCCUUCGUACUUCAUUGCAUGGCGCUGUAUGGAGCGCUACGGGCGACGCUGGGUGCUCUGUGUCUUCAGCUGCAUCGGCGGACUGGCUUGCCUGUGCUGCGUGUUUGUACCUGAAGACUGGCCAUGGAUCACAGUAGCUCUAGCGAUGGUGGGCCGUCUAUGCAUCGGAGCCUCUUUUUCCGUGUUCUACGUGCAGAUCGGGGAGCUACUGCCCACGGUGCUGCGGGCACAAGCCAUGGGCGCCUCCAGCUUUAUAGCGGGCCUAGGGCUUCUGGCAUGCCCAUACAUCGUGCACUUGGCCGUGUAUUUAAGAGCACUCCCGCUGAUCGUCCUCGGUAUACUAGCAGUUCUCGCGGGCAUCAUGUCACUGUUCCUACCAGAGACCCUGAACCAGCCCCUGCCGCAGACCUUGGGUGACGGCGAGCUCUUUGGCAGAAACUUCAAGAUCUUCAGCUGUGUUGAUGUGAACAGCAAUGUUCGGGAAUACGAAGACGUCUGUUAAUCGUGCAAAUUAUUUCCACAAGAAAUUGGUCAUUACCCUUCAUAA